CCAAGAAAAUCAAAGAAGGAAUUCAUUUUCUGCAUUCAUUCGAAUCUUAUUGAGCUGUAGUUAUACAGUAGACAUUAUCGUUUUAAGAUCUUCUCCAUGAAAAAGUGCUCCCAGCGGCUGAGUUUUGUAAGUAGGGAAUCAUAUUAUAAUAAGAUGCAUAGCAGACUCAAGUACCAACCAUAGCCGUGUUGACUUUUGUAUUAUCUUCGAUCUUUCUCUACCUCUACAAUCUAGAAUUUGGAGAAACACGAUUUGGAGCUGUUUUUAUGUGUAUUUAUAAGAGCUGAGUGGCUCUGAAUCUUCGUGAAAAAAAAUAGAAGUAAUCAAACACAAAUAGAGGAGGGCUGUGUGGUGAUGGCUAGCCAAAGUUAUGUGGCUGACCCUGAAGAACCACUAACAAAUGGUGACUACAGAGCUAUUACUAUCAACGAUUAUGAUGAUGAUGAUGAUCAAGAGAAUGUUGUUUCCCUGAAAAGAAAAGGAAAAUCUAUAAGGCUGACUGACAAUGGGGAGAUAGAGAAAGAAAGUGCUUCACUAAAGAAGGUGGAAUCAUUUCCACCUGAGUUUGUUGAAGAAGAGGAGAAGGAGACUGCUACUAGUCUUGGGAGGAAGGCGAAAUCUUUACCAAGUUGGGGAAGUUCUAGCCUAUUUGAAGAAGAAGAAAGGAAUCCCCAGGCACAAUCACUUUUAGCAGAUGGAGCAAGUUCGAGCCUGCAGAUUGCAGAAGAAGACGCAAGUCCAAUGACCCUGACUGACGAGGAAGAAAGGGAGGACGAGGAGGACGAGGAGGAAGCUAAUGAAGUUGAAGUAAGUUCACGAGUCUCAAGCCCAAUUCAAGAUGAGUCUCGAGCUCCUGGAUCCGACAGUUUGUCAGAUAGAAUUGAGAGACGGAUUAAGGAAAUGCCUCGUCCCACGAGUGCAGUUCAUGAACAAGUAAGGUUAGGAGAACGCCUUUUUUCAUCAGUUCCAAUCUUCCGCUUUCCCCAUAACCUUGAAGGGAUUGAUUGGAAAUAUACUCAGCCUGAGCUUGUAACUAUAGGCCCUUAUCAUAGAGACAAACAUCAAGAAAAUCAUCGUUUACUCGAGUUCGAACAGCACAAGUGGUACUUUCUUAGCAAUUUCCUUUCUCGAACCAAAGGUACUGGAAAAAAUUCAACAUUUUUCCUCGGAAUACUUCGUAAACUAGAAUUGCUUGCGAAAGAAUGCUACUUGGAUGAAAUUCCUCCAAUGUCAUCAAGUGAUGAUGAAUUUGUUGAAAUGAUGUUACUUGAUGGUUGUUUUGUUGUUGAAAUUUUACAUCAUAUUGGUGCUGGAGGGGUCAAUGAAGAUAAUGAUCCUGUUCUCACAAGACCGUGGCUGAUCCCUAUUCUUAUCAGAGACCUGCUUAAGCUUGAUAACCAACUUCCUUAUUUUGUUCUUGAAUUAUUAUAUGAUUUGUCUUGGAGUCCAGAACGCGUAAAGAACUACCCUUUACCCUUGCUUGUCUUAAAAACCUUCAACGCAGUAUUUCCAAGACCUGAUGAAUUCCUAGAAGGGUUCAAGGAGCAGAAAGGUAAGCAUUUACUUGAUCUAUUUUACUCGACUCUUGUUCCACCUUAUGUCUAUGAUGUCCAGAGGAAUUUUAUACCAAAUCAGCCAAUUCAACGUGCCACACAGCUUAGGCUCUCAGGAGUCAAGUUUCAGUCCGGGAAGUCUGACAGUUUCCUGGAUAUAAAUUUCCACAAAACCACCCUGGAAAUUCCAUCGUUUGCUGUAGAUGACUUCACAAGCACUGUCCUCAUAAACUGUGUUGCUCUUGAACAAUGUCACCAGAUGCAGCCUAAAUACUUCUCAGACCAUGCAUUUUUCAUGAGUUGUCUUAUUAACCAGCCAAGAGAUGCAGCAUUUCUCUGUUCGGACGGAACCAUCUUGAGAUCUUCGCAUGAUGACAAAUAUGUAGCUGACCUGUUCAAUGUUCUUGGGCAGAAAGUUGGUUCUAACAUCCGAGAUUCCUAUCUCUCCAAGCAAUUUAGAGAAAUUGAUAUGUACUACAACAGUCCCUAUGCAUCUUUGAGGCGCAAAUACUGUAGCGAUCCAUGGUCAGCCCUGUCUUUUUAUGCCAUCAUCAUCCUAAUUCUUACAGUGAUUCAAACAGUCGUGGCAAUUUUGAGUUACAAGCACUAGCAAGGCAACGAUUACUGCCAGGAAUUCUAGUUUUCAUAUGAUGGAUAGAUUUAUGAUAUGUGUGUUGAUGGUGUUGUACUGUUUUUUUUUUCUUAUAUUAAAUAAGUUACAAAGUAGUGUGAUCCCAUUCUAAUUCACAUUAUAUUAAGUGUUCUGUUUGACAACAAUAUAAUGACAAUGGUAUGUGUUAAUGCUUUUCA